CCCGGCUUGCGGAGGGAGACGUGGGCUUAAGUGGGGCUAGACGCCGCAGAGGAAGUGGGCCUGCUGGACGGAGUUGGCGUGGGGUUUGUGUCCAGACCGACUGCACCAUGUCGAAGGUUUCCUUUAAGAUCACACUGACGUCGGACCCGCGGCUGCCGUACAAAGUACUCAGUGUUCCUGAAAGUACACCUUUUACAGCAGUCUUAAAGUUUGCAGCAGAAGAAUUUAAAGUUCCUGCAGCAACAAGUGCAAUUAUUACCAAUGAUGGAAUAGGAAUAAAUCCUGCACAGACUGCUGGUGAGUAUCUAUCUGAAAUCCAUGGAGGUGUGGUGAGGCUAUAUUUAUCAAUUGGUACUGAAUAUUUAAUUCAUUCUCAUUAGACUUGAUAGAAUUUAACAAAGGUGAUAGUUGAUUUUUAGGGAUUGUAUAGCAGUCUUUACCUAUGUGUGUAAGUAAUUUGUUUCUUUCUAUGUAUCAGUUAUGUAUGCUUUUGGCUACAAGAAAGAGAAAACCUGACCAAUAAGCUUUAAAGGUAUUUUAAUACAUGUAACAAAAAGUCUGAAUAUUGUGCUCUUACGGGAAUAAUGAUUUUGAACUACGUCGUAAGGUAGUUGUGAGGUAGUACAUGUAAAGUGCUUAAAAGUUUGCAUUAUUUAUAGUAAGCAUUCAAUAGGUGCUGGCUAUUAUUAUUUUAAAGAAGUACAGUCAUUUAAAUUUCAUGGGGCCUAGUCUACACUCAGAGUUUCAAGCUGUUAACAUUAUACAGUGCCAAAUAUUGAUGUCCUAACAAGCAGGAAGGAUAAAAGUAAACUUUUUAACAGACAGUGUAUAUUUGUGUUCGAUGUACCUUCCUUAGCUUAUAGUCUAAUUAUAAUAUUUUGAAAUUAAUCAUGAUUUAAUAUAAUGUAACCUCAAUCUUGAGAAGUAGUUAUUUUUAAACUAUUAAUAUUCUAAAGUACUUCUACAAAAUUAUAUCGUCCUCCUAGGUCCUGGGCUUGAAAUUUAGCCAUACAGCAAAUGAAGAGGAGUUUUAAAUAAUUUCUUUUUACAUAAAUCAGUUGUUUUAAGUAUAUAAUUUUAUUAAAUUAAAAAGGCUAUUUUUUGAGAAUCAUGAGGCAUUUUGUUGUAUGGAUGCCUUUAAACUUAGAUUUAAAGGUUUUCCUUUUCCUACUCUAGAAAUGCUUGGUAGUUAUAUUAAUUUGAAUUACUGCUUACUCUGACAUGUUGCUUUGUUGGAUUACCCUAUAAAAUUGAAUUGUGGGUAUCACGAGGUGUGAAGAAAAUCUCAGCAGGCAACACAGACCCAAAGUAGGUCAGGGUUUCUAAACUUCUGUCACUUGGGGUAGAUUUAGAUUUAUUAUUUUUCCUGCCCCUCAGUAUUUUAUUGUAUAUUAAAGUGAGUAUUGAUGGUUAAAUUACCUUAUGUUUUAUUUGAUGAUUGGUUUUGGUAGUAGUUCUUUGGGUAGUGUUCUUAUUUAAAAUUUUCAAACAUUUGUUUUGUUGUGAAGAUGUGAGAGGAGUAGGAACAAGACUUAAGCCUGGACUCGGGUUCUAAUGAUCUUUGAGCUUUGUACCCACUUGAUGCUCCUUUGUUUCUUUUACAUAAUAAUUGUUGAAAUGUUAAGAUAGUGUGUCGUUUUUUAAAUACCUAACUUUUUGUUUUGUUUGUAUAGGAAAUGUUUUUCUAAAGCACGGUUCAGAACUGCGAAUAAUUCCUAGAGAUCGUGUCGGAAGUUGUUAAUAUCUGCUGCUUGGAACAUAAAAUCCCCUUCCAGAAUAAAUAUUGGUAUUGUUAUUGUUGUAAAAUUGGAAUCAGGCAUUUGAAAUCCUAUGAAGACACCAAUAGUUGAUGAAGUAAUGAAAGGUGACUGCCUGUCCCUUCUUGUUAUUCACGCUCUUCACGUGAAGAGGGGCGGCUUCUGCGUUGAGGGUGUCAUCACCACGGAAGAUCACAUUACUACCUCACAGCACACACAGGUAGUUCAUUGGGGGUAAAUGGAUUAUCCAGCUGUGUCUUAUAACUGGAGGAUACUUCUGAUCAUUCUUUCUGAGAACAUUUGGAAAAUUAAAGUUUACUGAAUCUUCCUGUUUGUCUUUGAGUUAAAAAUGUAAAAAGAUUUUCAAUCCGUACGUGGUAGUUUGCUUGAUAGCAUCUGACCUGCAGACACAAAAAUAGUUGAAUUCUUCAUUAUAUAUCGUUUAUGAUAAAGGAUCACAUCAAUGAAUAACUAUCUUUUUAUCAUUUAGCUUGUUUUGAAGUUUCAGACUUCUGGAGUUCUUAUAAAUUUUAAUUUAAAAAUCAAAGAUCCAAAAAAUGAAUUUUCGAUCUAGCCCAUUACGUGUAACAUUGGUAUCCCAAGCCAAAGAGUUUGAGAUUAAAGUAGAAGCAUCAGCUGCUGAAUUAUGCAUUCCUUUAUUGAUCUCUUUUUUAAAAAAACCUUUAAAACAGGAAUCCUCAAGAAACCAUCUUUUUGAGGAUAAUAUUUCUAAAUAGUGUUCAGGGAGAAAGUAUUGUUGUAAAGAGGAUCUGACAUUCACAACAGAGCUCAAGGAAAUGCUAAUUGAAAUGCUCACUAAUUCUGCUUACUGAACACCCAACAUUUAAGGAUGUGUUAAGAUUAGUUACUGGAGUGAAUAAGAAGCUAGGAAAGGAAGAUGGGGAAGCCCAGAUGACCAGGCUUCUAGUAAGAAGGAAAGAGGGCUUCCCUGGUGGCGCAGUGGUUGAGAAUCUGCCUGCCAAUGCAGGGGACACGGGUUCGAGCCCUGGUCUGGGAAGAUCCCGCAUGCUGCGGAGCAACUAGGCCCGUGAGCCACAACUACUGAGCCUGCGCGUCUGGAGCCUGUGCUCCGCAACAAGAGAGGCCGCGAUAGUGAGAGGCCCGUGCACCGCGAUGAAGAGUGGCCCCCUCUUGCCACAACUAGAGAAAAGCCCUCGCACAGAAACGAAGACCCAACACAGCCAUAAAUUAAUUAAUUAAUUAAUUUUAAAAAAAAAAAAAGAAAGAAACAAAAAUGAAGGGGAGCAGAAAGCUGUAACAGAGUGUCACAGAGAAGGCCAAACUGGAUAGACAAAACUGCAGCGGCUAUGUUGGGAAGAACUGAAAGGAAAAUAAAAUACUUGACAUUGUUAAAAGGAGCAGAAGGCAAUCAGAGAAAGCAAAGCAGAGGCCUUGUCAACAUACAGGUUUCACAAUUCCCUGUAGAGAAUCUAAAGAAUGACGUGCAUAAGGGAAGAUUUUGUUUGACCUUAUACAGGACAUCAAUAUCCAUGCACAUCUUGAAAGGUGAAACGAAGGCUCGUAGUGAUUGAGAACCAGUGCUUGACUUGCUGUAUUCUAGAUGGUAAGCUCUGGAGGCAGGCCUGGUGUCUGUCUUGCUCUUUCUAGGCCUGGAAAUGUAGGCCUUCAAUGAAUAUGUGUAGAAUUAUUCAUGAAUAAAGUAUUUCUAAAACCAA